UUAAUAGAAUAUUAGUUUAAAAAAUAAAUCUUUAAAAGAUAAAUAGAAAAAAAAUAUUUAUAAAUAUUUAUCAUAAGUAUUGUGUGCCGUCUGGGAUGUAUAUGGUAAACACAUUCUAUAUGUUAAUUAGAUAUUACUAAGUGCGUUCCACUUAACGUUUGCAACGAUCGCGAAAUCAUUUUAUCCUUGUUGUAUGAAAUAUUAAACAAAGACACUCACGAGCGUUAUGAGCAUUAAAUGGAACACAUUAUAACUCCUCUUUAUACAAGGUCUGCACAGAACUGCCAGAUUCGACGAUUUUUCAAUUGAGCUUCUACUACUGGUUGUAAAAUGUCAUAUAAAAUGCAAUAUGGGAUUUUUUUAUCAACACGUACAGUAAAUUAUUAAUUGUAAUGGAAGAAGCAAUUAAAGCAUGUAUAGAGGUAACGUUCAAUCUCUUUUAUGUUAUAUAUUCUUCAGGAUACUUUUAUUUAAGUACUUGUGAUAUAAGUAGAAAGCGUUUAUUAAUAGGUAACAAUAAUGUGAUAUAGCAAACCUCUAUUGUCAAGGACUAUUGCCUGGUUUGAGACCAACGUCUCGAGGCGAUUGCUCGUAGCGCCAGCGCAUGCACUACAACUAGUUACAUUUUAGAGAUUACAGAAACCAAUUAAACGUUUCAUAUCUUUACUAGAAAGACAUUAACUUGUGUGUUUCUGUAUAUUUUGUUUCCCCUUCCAUUGCAAUCAGCAGUCUAUUCUACACGUCAAUAUAUUUUCUUGUCUCUACUACUGAUCAUGAAGGCUGCGUUUUCUUUGGCGCUUACAAUGCUUGUAGGCAUUAUUUAUCUUUAUUUAAUAUUUUAUGAACAAUAAAGAUGUAAUAGUGCUUAGCCUUGUGAAUGUUAAAUUAAAGGAAUCACAAAAAUUACACAAUGUAAUGGAGCAAAUGCUAAAAUGCAUUAAAAAUAAAGAUGACAAAUGUAAAGUACCACAGAAACCCGCUUUAUUGCCUAUUGCAACAGUGGAAGAGAUGGUGGAAUUUGAAAACGUUAACGAAGAAACGUAUAAAGAAGUGGUAAGCUAUUUUCAUCAUGUGGGAGGCUUUACUCUUAAAGAAGCUAUUAAUUUGUGCUUCAAAGAAGCUGUGAAAGAUUGCGUGACAGUAAAAUAUACUUGGUUUGGCCGUGAAGAAGGCGUGCAUCCAUUAUACAAUACACGUAUAAUAAUGGCGAUAUAUGAUUCUGUGUGUUAUAAUAAUUAUUUUCGUAAGCCGAGUAGAGCUGAAUUUCAAAAUAUAACGAGAGAAGCUUUGCGUUCAGCCAAACAGCGGCAUCGCACAAGUAUUCGCAUAUUGCGUAACCGACAGCGACAACCUAGAACAGCUCGACAUUUUUGGGAUGAUGCAUAUGAAAAUGAACAAGUCAAUGCUGUAGAACCCAAUAUUGCAGAAGUUGAAAAUGAGGAGGAAUCAUAGAUAUUUAAAAGGUCCUUAUUUCUCGCCGCAGAACUCUUGUCUCAUGAUUUGUCAGAGACAUAUAGGACAGUAAAUAUUAAAAAGUACAAAUCAACACCAUUGAAGUGAAGAAGACACCAUUGAGUAUUAUUUAGAAAGUUUUGUAAAUAUAUUAGUCAUUUUUAUUAAUAUAUUAGUCAAUAAUAAUAAUAAUAAUAUAAUAAUAUAAUAAUUAAAUAACAUAUAUUACAAAUAUAUAUAUAUAUAUAUAUUAUGUAAAAUAUUACUAUUACAUUACAUUAUUUAUUGACCUUUUAACCUGCUUUUGUUUAUAAUAGAAACCAUGCAUUGAUGUCGCAAUAUGACAGUAAGGAACAGAAAAAUUGGAACAUGGCUCAUAAGUUUGUAGCAUCAAAUAAAAAAAAUUACAAAAUUUGUGUACGAUAUGCUAUUACGACUUGAUGGCAGAACUGUAACAGAAAGAAAUUGAUGGUUAGUGUUUUAAGUGAUUAAUUAUCCUAAUUAAUAUUUUUAGUUAUUUUUAUAUUUCUAUUUUAUUUAAUGGAAAUACAAAAAUAGUUGAAAUAAUUGAUUAUUUUAAAAACUAUUUUCACUAUUUUUGAUUUGUUGCGAUUCUACCAUCAAGACGUGACAGCAUAUUUUAUAUAUUUUUGUUGUUACAAAUUUAUAAUAAGCUACCUUGACAGAAAAAUUUCUACAAAAUUCUAAAAAACUACAAAAAUUUACGAAAGUGUUC